AUGCGCGUGGGAAAACGGAGAGGAGAUAAAGAUGAGAGUACUGCGGUAUUAACGCUGUUAUUAGAGUACUGCCGCCAUGCACGGACGCCUCAGCACCACAAUCGCCCGUCAACACCACAGCCCCGCAAGCACCCGUCAACACCACAAGCAUCCUUCAACACUACAAGCACCCGCCAACACCACAGCCCCGCAGCAAACCACCACAGCCCCGCAACACCCAUCAACACCACCCCACAAGCACCCGCCAACACCACAGCCACCGCAAACACCCUCAACACCACACCCCCACAAGCACCCGCCAACACCACAGCCAGCCCAACACCCAUCAACACCACACCCCACAAGCACCCGCCAACACCACAGCCACACCCAUCAACCACACGCCCCAUCAACACCACAGCCCCCACCCCCGCCAACACGCACAAACCCCCCGCACAGCAGCACCGCCCCGGCAGGCAGCGGCGCGGGCUCUUUGUUCCGGCAGCACAGUAA